UCUUUUGUUUUCUGCUGCUCUCUUACGAAACUAUGCACGGACUCACCAUUAGACAUCCACCGGAAGCAACUCUGGGAUGUAUUUGUGUGUAUGUCUCGAUAAAGUGUAAAAUAGGUGUAAACUGAGGUCACGAAUAUAAAGAUAUUCUUACCACUGGUUGAUCUAAUGAGUGAUGGGUAUCUUGUAAGUAAGUUAUUAUGGUUCUGUAUGAGGGAAAGUAACAUGGAAAUACAUAGACGAAAAUUGUAUUGAGGGAAGAUUCCGGCUUUCAUAAUGGUGACAUUGACAAAACGUGUAUGGAAGUCGAUUGUUCAUUCCUCGGAUAUUGGGGUUUGGUAUUUGCCGUUUUAAACACUUAUUCUCGUCAAGACAGUUCAAAUUAUGUUAUCUGUAAAUAGCAUUACUAUUGUAACUGACAAUAGCGUAGAAAGAAAAUUAGUUGUAGCGAUUUUUUAAGUCAUGGCAUUGUAAAAAUAUCCUUCUCCGUUUCAAUAAAUAAACACUUGUGGGCCGAGGAACAUUCUUGGACAUAUAGAACUCCCAUAGCCUCCGCGCGCACACAUGGCUCUUGUUAUUGGAGCGGCAGUAGUCCACGUGAGUAGUGAUGGGGAUUGCCUCAGCGUUCCGCGAUCCACCAGUACACACUGUGACUGGAAGGGCUGGCCCUAAGAUCUCACUGAGAGGCUAAAGGGACAAGCCCUCCAGUUUUUCUGGCAUAGCAGAUCCAUCGACUUUUUGCGUAAUCCAUCUCUCCCAGCAUGUCGGGUCUCAUCUUGAGGACUUCCAGGAAAAAUGAAGAAAGUCUCUGACCACUUGUUUCCCAUCUGGCGCGGGGCCCGCGGGGUCCAGGGCUGGAGCUGGGGCCGCAGCGGUGCGAAAUGGGAGUCGGCGGGCGGCGAGGCGGAGGAUCAGCUGCUGGGCUUUGACUGCCCCGUGUGGUGCGUGCUGUGCCGGGGGGGCCGGGCGUGGCUGCAGGGGGCCUGUCAGAGGGGGCGCGGGGCCUUCCGGCUGCCCGCAGACAUGCUGAGCAUCAAACUCCCACAGCUCUUCGACAUCCACCAGGUGCCCAAGGUGUUCAGGGAGGAUGGCAUCAUCUCUGGGUACCGCCACCCGAGAAGCUCCGCCCUGGACUGCAUCCUCAGCAGCUUCCAGAUGACCAAUGAGACUGUCAAUAUCUGGACCCACUUCCUGCCUACCUGGUACUUCCUGUGGCGGUUCAGCAUCCUCUGCUCCACGCUGAACUUCCUGACGGAGAGCUACACCUGGCCCCUGCUGGUCUACAUGCUGCUCAUCUGCGUGUACCCCUUCACCUCCAGCUGUGCCCACACCUUCAGCACCAUGUCGGCAGAGGCCCGCCACAUCUGCUACUUCUUCGACUACGGCGCCCUCAGCCUCUACAGCCUGGGUUGUGCCAUCACCUAUGGGUCGUACGUGAUGCCAGACUGCUGGGUCAACAGCUGGCUGCACGAGCAUUUUGUCCCCAUUGCCAUUGGCAACACCCUCUUCUGCACCAGUAUGUCAUGCUACUCCAGGUUCCUGGAAUUGCAGUUCCCACGCAAAAGUAAAAUCUUGCGAACAGGGGCAUUUGUGUUUCCAUUUCUGUUUGACAACAUUCCUUUGUUCUACAGAUUGUUGAUCUGCUGUGGGGGCAGCUGCAGUCACACUGAGGCUCUGUCCAGCCACUGCUACCAUCUCAUCUUCGCCUUCCUCACCUGCUUCCUGUUUGCAUCACACCUCCCAGAGAGGCUGGCCCCUGGCCGCUUCGACUACUUCGGCCACAGUCACCAGCUCUUCCACAUAUGUGCCGUGGUGGGCACCCACUUCCAGAUGGAGGCCGUGCUGGCGGACAUGACGUCUCGGCAAGCGUGGCUGAUCUCCCAGGCGGCCGUGCCCUCCUUCCUGGGUACCAUGGGCGCCCUGGCCGUAAGCGUCCUGCUCAACCUGGGCAUCAUCUCCCUCUUCAGCGCCAGUCUGCUCCAGACGCCGCACCUGAACGCCCAAAGUGGUGUCGCCUCCGCCCGCCACUCAAACCCAGGGCUCUCUCAGCAGGCCUCGGCCGAGCCCAAGGAGGAGUAAGGAACUCUGUGUACCCGGCAGGGGAGCAUUUUGGUAAUUUAGUGCUAAUCCACCAUUUUGGUCUCUUAGUGCUAAUCCUGGUGUGUGCCCGUUUGAAGAAGCACAGGUCACUAGCCCUGUCGUUUUGAGGGACGCAUCCAUUAAUGAAUGUUUGAAAAGAUUGUGCGUCAAGAAGUAAUUUCCGAGUAAAGAUAUGUUUUGUUGUACCCUUAACAUUUUGCUAUUUUAUCAGUUCAUUUCUUGGUCACGUGUUUGGACUAAGUGUUCACAAUUAACGUCUGUAAAUAGCUGAAAACCCCGAUGUUGUCUUUCAGGUCUUUGCAAACUUCUCAUUGUCUAAUGGUGACAUGACUGAAAACGUUUUAAAAGACUACCGAAUGUUAUUUUUUUACAUUUGAAAGGCUCUGGGUUGUAUGAAGCCAUUUUGUAUUAACAUCACCUCAAAGUGCCUCGCGGAGAGCUAGUUUUUUUUUUUUUUUUACAAUGCUAGAAGAUACUGUAGAUGGCAGUACAACAAAGUUAAACCGACCGAUUCAACUGGAAAUGUAUCAGUAGACUUAUUCAGGGAUCUCAUACUCAGUUAUAUUUUGUUUUCCAUUAACAUCAUUUUAGUAUUUUAAAAUACAUCAACUCUUAUCAAAUCCAGUUAUAUUACUUGGUAUGUGUUUAAUAAUAAAAAUCAUACAAAUUUCAGAAGAAUCCAUCAUGGUCAUGCAUAGUAUAAGCAUGUUUUUGACUUUGAGUAUUCCUCCUGCUAUGAUGUAGGGACACUCUCAUUCACCCUCAUGUUAUAGGGAUACAGGAGUAUAGGAGUUGUCUCACAAGAAAGUCACUUGAAUUGAUUCAAAUAACACGGUGUGUUAAUGUCCCACUUUACAGGCUCAUCCACACAGUGUUCUAUCUCAGUUAGGCCAUAACUCACCAGGCUCCAGCAGUCUUUGUGACGUGUCUUAUUUACAUCCACUAACUUGAAGCUCAUCUCUGGUUUGACAGAAAAAACAAACAAACAUUUAUCACGUAAUCCUCAUUUUUCUUGUAUUUGUUAAUGUAUGCCACGGGUGCCCUGUGUGAACUCUGGAAGCGGUGUCAUUGACGUAGAUUAACGUUCGUUUUUCUUUUUUUUUUUUGCCUUUUUUCUUUGCUUUUGUUUUCAGACCAGCACUCAAUUGAAAAUCAGAGUUUUAUCUGUUCCUUUCUACCCACAGUGCGAAUGUCCCCUGCAUCCUGAGUGGAGUUUUUUUAGGCGCUGUAGUAUUGUCGUGUUCAUUGCAGGUUUAUGGCAUACAAUACUAGUUUUAUGUUUACAUUUACCAGUAAAACCUUUAUUGGGGUGGGGGGUAGGGCAGUUUGUAUUUAUUCCUGAUUAUGUUUUUACUGUCAUCCUGAUCAAGGGGAAGCAUUUGAUAUUUGAUAUUUUGUUAUCGUGAGAUUUAUCUGUCAUAAGUGGUCCACAUCUUUUACUGUACAUGUUAGAUCACUUAAGUACUCAUAAAUACAGCUAAGAGAAAUAGCACACAUAAAGGAUAUUUUAAUAAAUACGCUAAUUGCCAUGUCAUUUGAAACACUUUAUAUCCUUAUGUUUUAUAAACAUUUCCUUGUGAUGUGGGUCUGACCGUUUUACUAAAUACACAGAACCUUCUCUAACAAGAUUUAAGAUGUAAAGUUGACAUUGGUUGUAAGACAAGGGAGUUCCACAACUAAGAUAUGAUUCAUUGUAUGGUUCUGAUGGCUAAGUAAGUGAUUGCAAGGUAUGUGGGGGAUUGGUUCUAUCAUUUUGUUUAACAAAAUAUAUCUACAGUAACUAUAGUUUGUCAAGUGCACACCAUUCCUGACACCCUCUGCGGUCACUAUAGAGGCACACAUCUGUCAGGGCACUGUUGGAUUGGAAGCUGAUUAAGGUUGCAGACAAGGUUUAUGGAAAAGGGUCUCUUUUUUUUAAACAAGGAAUGGAUCAAAAUGGGGUAAAGAAACGGUUAACUUGAAGCAAUCCCAUUAUUUGUCUUUCUUUUUUGUAUCCCAUUUCCUGGAGGAAACCUAUUGGUACUUUGAUUUAAAAAGGGCCCGUUGUUUUGUUGAAUUGAAAGAAUAUGCCCUACGUGGAAUACCUGACUGUCUCAAGAGCACUGUGAGAGACAUUCAAAUAAAUAGGCUAAAAAGCCUUUUUCUGUAGUGUUGGUUUGGCAAAAUACGUUAUAUAACGUACUGUCGUUAAAAAUCAUAAUUUGACAGGUCUGUGGUGUAGGCUACAUGGUGAAUCAUAACAUUGGCUGACUUUCUCCCUAAAAUGCAUGUUUCUGGGAUAGACCAGAUGUCUACCCUGUGCUAGAAUUAAAUAGCCUAUGUGAAGUGGGGUCUUUUUUUUUUGUCUGCACUAAACAUUUUAACACAUUCUUGAGAGUGUAAUCACCUUUUAAUACAUUUUUAAUAAAAAAAGACUCACCAUU